CUUAUCACCAUAGAUAAGUGAUAGCGUCACCUGUCACUCUAGGUGUGGUCCUUACUGUGAGCUUGAUCCACAAGUUUCUACUGUACAAUCCUCUUCUACAUCUUGUUGCUCAGAGGUCUGGAUCCUGGGCUGCAUAAGUUCAGAGUUAAUUAGGUGAUCAGUUCAUUACACUGGUUUGACUGCACUCAACAACACAAUGGAUUCUACUUUCAUAUGGAUUCUACUCACUUUAAGCGGGGCAUACAUGGUGUACUCCCAGUCAGACACAAGUGGGCUGCAGGCUACAAUCCCACAGAACCUGAUCAACUGCUACCGUAACAUGUCUCUUCUUACAAGAGAGUAUUUGCCACCCAUGACCCUUAACUCUCUCUUGGCCAUCAUCCGCAAGCUGGAGAACACCCCUGGUGUGUACCUGGACAUGCGAACCCUCUCCACUCAGAUCAUGAAUAGUUAUCGAAUGGAUGGAAUAGAGAAAAAUCCUGAUGUGGCUCCAUCACAGUAUGUCACACCCUUUGGACCAUCAGGGAACCAGUUCUACAGGUACAAGAUACUCAUGGAUGGACUGAUACCCACCAGUGGAAACACAUUUUCAGAUACAGCUCUGAGAAGUGAAGAAAAGUGUGCCAUUCACAUGAUGCUGAGUGCAUCUGUGGACAGAAACGAGAGAGGGGAUGAGAGCACAGUGUGUAACAGUUUGACCAACUACGUGCGAUGGGACAGCAGAGUGCCUCGCAAUUCCGGCGGUGGUAGGACGCCUCGAGACACCAGAAGCUACAAAGAAGAGGUGGAGGAGCUGGAACCACUCACAGAUAAUGGCCCAAGAUUAGGUCAGUGGCUGGAAGGAGGUUUUUUAGGACUUUCUUGUCCAUUAGAGAAUGGAGUUGUUUAUACAAGGUAUGGUGCUAUCAAGAUGGGGCUGGUGCUUGGAGGAAUUGCGGCAGGACUCCAGUCACAGUCAGUCAGUCGCCGCAACCUGAUCCUGGUAGCGAAAGCCAACUCUCUGCGAGGCCGCCAGUUUAACUUCCCCCGACUCUACACUACAGACACCAACCCUAACAUUAGCAACAUAUGGGCAGCCACUCUCUCAGGAGAAGUAGCAGAAGUUGCACUUCUUCAGGGACCCCUGCGUAACAGCCAAAUGAGGGUUGGCCUGAACGGUGGCUGGAACGACUCCGUUCUUCCACGAUACUACUUCCUCAACGAAGACAACAAGGAUGCUAUGACUGAUACUGAUAUUCGUGGAUCCAUUGAUGGACUGAUCCUGGGAUCUAAUGCUCAGACAUGGAGUAACCAGAUGGGAGGUGCAGGCAGGAUGAAGUUGUCCCAGUUGUUGGACAUGUACUACUCCGAGCGUGGAGUGCUCAACAGCAAUGUACGAGCUUGCCAACGCAUUACACAGUUCAACUCCAUGUUUACUCCAGAUCAGAUUUUCCAACAGUCUUAUGCAUUCUCAGGAGUGUUGGAACUGGAAUUACCACCUGCUGUCAACGUGGAAGAUGCUGGACUCCAGACAUUUAAUUCCAUGGCUGUGCAAAAACUCAUUUCCUAUGUUGCUACGAUGCAAGACAACCAGUGCUCUUUUGGAUCAAACCACGUACACAAAUCAGGGAGCCCAAGUCUCAAAAAUCGUGACCCCUGGUGUCAAUCUGUACUUGGUUAUUGACUUCAGUUACGACUAUAUAGAUGCCAUUCGCAUAGCAAGGUAACAAGAGACUCAGUCUAUUAUGCAUUACCUCAGGCUCAAAAUUCCUCUCAAAUAAGAAACCAGUUUCAAUGUUCAUGUAUUCAGAGUACCCAGUGCAAUUGUCCAUCUAUAUCCUUGAAUCCUAA